AAAAGAGGGUGUUAACUGAAACCAGGAAAUUUGAAUUCAGGGUCUUGUUUCUAGAUUGAGACCUAUGGAAUUGUAAAUAGGCUUUCAGUUUCAUUGUCAUUUUAAACGCUUUGCUCUAAGAUUUGCAGGCAAGAACUGGAAAACUUUCUGAGAAAGGUGUCAAAUUUGUUGGAGGAAUAUCUGGAUGGACAGCUACAUUACUCUUCAUGUGGAUGCCAGUUUCUCAAAUGUGGACAAAUUAUCUCAAUCCUGAGAACAUGAAAGGCUUGUCAGCUUUUUCUAUGCUGCUUGCCAUGCUUGGAAAUGGGCUUAUGCUUCCACGUGCUCUCUUGAUUCGCGAUUUCAUGUGGUUCACCGGUUCAGUGUGGGCUACCCUUUUUUACGGAUAUGGGAAUAUUGCAUGCCUAUACUUUUUAAACAUUAUCAGCAAGGAAUUCUUCUUAUCAGCAACUGUUGGUCUGAUUUCGUGGAUAGGUUACUCUCUUAACCCUAUAGCACUCAUAAACACACUGUCACAUAUAUCUGUUGCCAUUCCUAGGCUGUGUUAACUUAUGUCAUAUCUGGGCCAUGUCCUCACAGGUUGAUGCACAAUAUCUCAAUUUCUCUUAUUGUUAUGCAAUAUGAUUUACCGCUACUGCUGAUGAUGCAUUACUCAUUGGUGUGCCAUGUCUUGAGCAACCAUAUUGUUAAAUAUAUAAAAUAAGGUAUUCCUGUUGGGAAUAUAGCUGCAUACAUUCCGCAAAAAUGUGAUUCUUUAGGUAUUAAAAGUACUUUAUUUUUAAAAAAUUAAUUGGUUGUCGAGUGAUUGUAAUAAAUAGCCCAUUUUCAAUGUAGUUAUAUAUUUUUGUUUUCGUAAAUCAUAAUCAAACAUAAGGUUGUUAUAACUAUUUCACGCAACAGUAGCUUAUAAGAAAUUAAUACAAAAUUACUUAACCUUCUUUUGUCCCGUUGUAAGUUUGUAACAACCAUAACUUUUUUUCCUCCUUGUGACAUGAACGGCUUUCUGGAGAGACAGCGUAGUCCAUGGUUAUAGCUCACCUUUGGCUUCCUUACGUGACUUGGUUUUUGGAUCGUGAAAUUAAAGCCUGCGAUGCUGCACUGAAGCUCAGUUACCCGGUCCGGUCCUUUCUGCCGAAAUAGUUAUGCUUGAUUGUCACUGCAACUACAGUACAACAUAUAUUCUACCUUGGGAUUAAUAUAUAGUACAGUGAAUCAUAAAUUCGUAGUCAAUACCACUUCGCACAUCAUGGGUUUGAAAAUGACUACGCUGUUGUUGUAACUAAUACGUGUUUUAAGUGGUUUCUCAUACAAGCUGUGAUAUAGCCUAUAGGACUGGAUUGAACUUAGAAGAUAUGUUUGUAAUCAUGUAAUGUUCAAGGUGAAACUUAUCCCUCUUAAUUGUUUACAUACUCCUACAUUUUGUAGUUGUCAUUUUUAGAAUAUCAUGGUAAGGAAUCCACUUGCAAUGAA